AUGCGUCCUUUGAGAGCGCGGGAUGAAAGAGGUCGGGUCAAGCGCUGGCGCUGGUCAGACACGCAGACCCUCCUCGCCUAUCUGGGACGAGUUGGUGCUUGCGCCGGAGAAAAACGCCAAGUCGAACGGUUGUCAGUUUGUCUCGGCGAAGGAGAGAGAGAGAGCGAAAGAGAGAACGAAAAGAAGGAAGGGAUGGGUCGGGCAGGUAAUCGAUGUAUAAUCAUUACUCACCGCAUUGCAUGCAAUUGGCCUUUGGUUAGUCACUGGCUUGAAAGGAGGGGCCUUGGCUUGCAUCACGUUGAGAUGAUACGAAUGGAAAAUGGCGACUUGGCGGCGCUUGUUUGUCCUCACUUUGAUGCCCCUCCUGCCUCCCCUUUCUCCGCGGAUCGAUCCGCCCGCCUCGGCUUUCCGCCUCCGGCGUUCUGGGCGUCGUUAUGCCUCUGUCUGUUCACUCGCUCUGCUCCCAGUUGCCGAGUCUCGCCGAUCGCAGGCUCGUCACUGAGUUGUUCGACACCCUGUGGCGCCAGUCCUGCCAACAAACACCAUCCCCGCCAGCUCGACUAUUCGACCUCUGCAAUCAGCAGUAGUAGUUGUGAGUAG